UUUCCGUUAAAAUAAUAUAAAUGAAGAGAGGUUGGGGAAGCAAGGCAAAGAAUUGCCUUGCCGGAGAGGCCAUUGUCCUAAGAGUAAUGCUAAACCUUAAUUUAUUGUCUUGGGGCUUGAAGCUUUCUAAAGCAACUUCACCGCCUCAACAAUGAAUCCUUCUCUACCUCUACAUUUUACUUGGUAUAAACCCUGGUCCAGGGACCUCCCAGCCAAAUCCACAUUUCUGAAAUCUUAAACCUUGAAUACGACAAUGGGAAGAUCACCUUUGGUUCCCAUGGUUGUUCUUGUUUAUAUUUCUCUACUGUUCUCUGUUUCUUAUUCCUCCACGUUCGUCAUCACGAAUAAUUGUCCUUUUACUAUUUGGCCCGGCACUCUUGCAGGCUCUGGCACUCAGCCACUACCCACCACAGGGUUUAGACUUGAUGUGGGACAGUCUGUUAGAAUUCCCUCCGUUCUAGGCUGGUCAGGUCGGAUAUGGGCUAGGACCGGCUGCAACUUUGAUGCUAACGGCGCAGGAAAAUGUAUGACCGGAGACUGUGGCGGGAAGCUGGAGUGUAAUGGCAAUGGUGCUGCUCCACCGACAUCACUUUUCGAGAUCACGCUCGGUCAUGGUUCUGAUGACAAAGAUUUCUACGAUGUCAGUCUCGUCGAUGGGUAUAAUCUCCCUAUAGUUGCUAUCCCGACAGGUGGUGGACUGGUUGGAGCUUGUAAUGCUACAGGAUGUGUUGCUGAUAUCAACAUUAGCUGUCCAAAGGAGCUUCAAGUGAUGGGAGAGGAAGAGGAAGAGAGAGGUGGAGUUGUUGCUUGCAAGAGCGCUUGUGAGGCUUUCGGAUUAGACCAGUACUGUUGCAGCGGUCAGUUCGCUAACCCAAACACAUGUCGACCGUCUUCAUACUCUACCAUCUUUAAGAGAGCCUGUCCUAGGGCUUAUAGCUAUGCCUUUGAUGAUGGAAGCAGUACUUUCACUUGCAAGGCUUCAGAAUAUGCCAUUAUCUUCUGCCCUGGCAGGGUAAAAAGACCGAACAGCCAAAACUCGGAUCCUCCAAGCCCGCCUCAGAAUCAGUUCGGCCAACCUGUGGCUCCCCCAACUCAGAAUCCAUACGGCCAACCUAUGGCUCCACCAGCUCAGAAUCCAUAUGGCCAACCUAUGGCUCCACCGACUCAGGAUCAGUAUGGUCAACCUAUGGCUCCACCAACUCAGGAUCAGUAUGGUCAACCUUUGGCUCCUCCAACUCAAAAUCAGUACGGUCAACCUAUGGCUCCUCUGACUCGGAACCCGCCAGGAACAGAUCAGAAUGGGGAAUCAAUGACUCCCCCACCUCAGAAUCAGGAUGGGAUUGGUCAGUUCAUGCCUCCUCCCACUGUGAAUCAAGAUCCAAACGGCCAGUUUUUGAAUCCCCCAAUUGAGGAUGAGUGCCAACGAGCUGAAACGGGGAAGGUUGCAAAGACUCAAUCCUCGUCUGACAUUCUUCGACCUUACCCUGUCUUGUUGCUUCUUGGCCUCAGUCUAACUGCUUUGAGGCAAUCAUACGCUACAUAAAUCAUCAUCAUUCUUCCUUUUUAAUGAGGAUUGGUACACAACUGUGUAGAAGGAAACAAAGACCAUAUUCUGUGUCUUCCCGGAGAUUCUGAACUUUAU